AUGCUCAAAUUAUUACCAAGCACUGCAUUUGGCAAUAGUGCAAAUGCAAAAUGUGGUGAAAUCUAUUGUCACAGUUCCACCGAAUUUACCAUUAUUUGUACACUGUGCGAACUCAAAGCGUUCGACUACCAGGAUUUCAUGCAUCACUGUAAGAAUGUACACCUCGAAAACGACUUAUUGAAAACAGAAGAAAUAUUUGUUGAAGUCGCACCAUACCUGUCAUCAAAUGUGAAGGAUGAAGCUGAAGCUGAAUUCCUGGAAGAGCAUGACUUUGUCUUUUCUGAUGAAGAAAAGGAAAAGUCAGAGUUACGUAUUAGCCAAUGGAAAGAGGAUAACUCGUUAUCUGAACAUUCAGACAGUGAUACGGAGAAUAAUUUUGAAUCUAAUUUUGAUGAUAAAGAUUACAUACCACCUGUAGAUCAACGAAAGCGAAACGAAAAGCGUAAUCGUAAAACCGAGUCAUACAAAUGUGAAAUAUGUUCCCGUAUCUACAAAAGUUCACAUUAUCUGCGAACACAUUUGGCAAAAACACAUAAUUCUGAGAGUAGGAAAACCGCCAGCAUCCAGUUUCAAAAAUGUGAUGAAUGCACAGGAGAAUUUAGGACAUUACGUAGUUUAGAGGAGCAUUCCCUUUCGGCACAUGGUGGUAUGAAAUGUAUGUAUUGUGAUAAACGAUGUACAUCGCGAACAAAUCAGCUACGACAUAUGGAAAUUCAUACACAUGGCACGGAACGACGGUUCGUCUGCGAUUAUGAUAACUGUAAGAAAAGUUUCUUUACACGCCGUCAAUAUCAAGCUCACAAACGCACCCAUACAAAAGGAAAGAAUUUCAUAUGUGAUAUAUGUGGCUACUCGUGUCGAGUACCGGAAAUGCUUAAAGUGCAUUAUCGUUCACAUACAGGUGAGAAACCGUUUGCUUGCGAUGAAUGCGGCAAAUGUUUUGUAUCAAAAUCGGCGGUUAGGGAGCAUAAAGCAUCACAUGGCACUGAGCGUCCACAUGAAUGUAAAGUAUGUGGACGCUCUUUUGCAAGGGCAAAAUCGCUAUACCAUCAUAAUUUCUUACAUCUCGCAGAGAAGAAGUUUAAAUGCAAGUUAUGUGGACAGGCAUAUGCACAGCUUGCUGGUUUAGCUGGACAUAUGAGACGACAUCGGGAGCAGGGCCAUUGCUGA